AUGGGUGAUCCACAUACUGCCUGGCUCCAUUUUGGACGCCAAAGAUUUGAGGAGAUGAGAGGGCUCAAUGCCAGCAAUGAGGCCAUGGUUGACGAGCUUGUCGAAUCCCAUGCAUUGCGAACCCCGGAGUGCAUCGACGCCUUCAAGGCCGUCGACCGUGGCCACUUCUGGCCGGCCCAGGGUGGCGACUUGGCCUAUGCCGAUAUGCCCUUGCGUCAUGGCCGCCUACACCUUUCUGCACCUCACAUCUAUGGCAAGGCGCUGGAAUCCCUCAUGCCUCUCCAGCCUGGCAUGUCCUUCCUGAACAUCGGAUCGGGCACUGGAUACUUCAACUCCAUUGUGUCCGAAUUUACAGGACCCCACGCAGCCAACCACGGCGUGGAGAUCUGGCCCGAGACGGUGGCCCAUGCAAAAGAACGAGCAGCAGCGCUAGGUAAGACGACCAUUCAGUUCACCAUGGGCAAUAUCUACCAGCUCAAUGUGAACGAUACAAUGCGUUAUGAUCGGAUAUAUGUCGGCGCGUGCGCGAACUCAAGGUCGAAGUAUCUCUACAGGCUGCUCGAGGUUGGCGGCAUUCUUAUCGGACCCUUUCAGGUGGGACACAGCCAGCAGCUCCGCCGGGUGGUGCGCCAAACGGAAACGCACUUCUUUGUAGAGGUGCUUGGAUCUGUCCAAUUUGCGUGCCUCGUGGAGCCCAUGCAGUGCACAUCGCGAUCUAUGGCUUCAGGUGUUUUUGCCCCGCCGCCUCGCACCGGAACUCAAACAGAGGAGUUGCACAAUUCUGCUCAAAGUGGCACAACUACUCCUGCAACUGUGUCUUCCGGCGAUGCUACCGAUGGUGAGAAUCAUCAGCUCAUAGGCUUGCCGGGUGUACCCUUCACCUUCUCCCUGUUGGAGAGUCCUUGGACGCCGGAGCGGAGCUGGCUUUACCCGGCGUCCUUCAAGCAAGCUGUGGCAACCGGGCUGUUGUGCCAGCCGAAGCACAAAGGCAUCGUGGGACUGCCAGCUGAAUUGUGGAUCAAGCACAUCAUCCCAUGGUGCUCGAGGAGAUGGUUUGAGGGGCCAACUCCAUCUCGCAACGGAACUCCUGCAAUGCAGCCGGCAGCGCCGACAGAGACGCCGCCAUCUCUGGUCCUUUCAAAGAGCUGCAAGGAGGACGCGGAAGAGGGGUUGGAGGACUCCGCGUCGACAAGAGCACCAUCUUCCCAGAGCACGCCAGACAGCGGCCCUUCGCAUCCUCCUGUCGACAUGUGGUCGCUGUCGAACCCGGAGGCUGCUGACGAGUUUGGUGACGACGUGCUCAUUGAGGUCUGGAGCAAUGGGCAGCGACACCCAAUCGGUGUCGAGGGCGAUCCUGAUGAUGCUGACCAUGAAAGAGAUCAGCGUAUGGCAGUUCCCCUCCGGGUGUUGCAACUUCUCGCAGAGGAGGCUCGCACGCGCCAGCGCCGACGACAGCGAGAAUCCGAGGAGGAAGAGAUUGAGGAAGAGGAGGAUGAGGAGCCUGGCCAGACAGCUCAGGCGGAGGAGUCAACGUGGCGCAACGGCGACGAGGCCUGGACAUGGGGAGAUGACUUGGAGGAAAUGGAACUGGAACUGGAGGGCGAGCCUCCAGGCAUUGUGUGGCUGGAACAAAACAGCGACAUGCAGGAUGUUGAGGCGUUGGAGGACGUGCGCAUGUUCUGA